AUGCCAUUUGCGCAGCUGGUGAUAGGUCCUCCCGGUGCGGGAAAGUCGACAUUUUGCAAUGGCAUGCAUCAGUUUCUUGGGGCAAUCGGCCGCAAAUGUUCGAUUGUGAAUCUGGACCCCGCAAAUGAUAAAACGUCAUAUCCGUGUGCCCUAGAUGUUCGCGAUCUUGUCACGCUCGAGGAAGUAAUGAGUGAAGAUAAUCUCGGUCCAAACGGUGGUAUCUUGUAUGCGCUGGAAGAACUUGAGGAGAACUUUGACUGGUUAGAAGAGGGGUUGAAGGAGCUCGGAGAUGACUACGUUUUAUUUGACUGCCCCGGUCAAGUUGAGAUCUUCACACACCACUCCUCGUUACGGAACAUAUUCUUUAAGCUCCAAAAGUUGGGGUAUAGAUUGAUUGUAAUACACCUAAUCGAUUCCUACAACCUCACACUACCGUCUAUGUACAUAUCCGCCCUCAUCCUCUCCCUGCGCGCAAUGCUCCAAAUGGAUCUACCUCAUCUCAACGUGCUCACCAAAAUCGAUAACCUUUCCAACUACGCCCCGCUCCCUUUCAAUCUUGAAUAUUACACAGAGGUACAAGAUCUCUCUUACCUACUGCCGCAUCUAGAAGCAGAAUCAUCUCGGCUUUCGCAUACCAAGUUCCGGGCUCUCAACCAAGCCAUUAUAGACCUUGUCGAGGAUUUUGGGCUUGUCGGGUUUGAAACGCUAGCUGUGGAGGACAAGAAGAGCAUGAUGAACCUACUGCGGGUGAUCGACAGGGCAAGCGGAUAUGUGUUUGGACCUGCCGAGGGCGCAAAUGAUACCAUCUGGCAGGUUGCUGUGCGCGACGGGUUGGGAACUAUGGAUGUUCGGGAUGUGCAGGAACGCUGGAUAGAUGCUAAAGACGAGUACGAUGAGCAGGAGAGGCAAGAGUUGGAAGCGGAGGCAAAAUUACGAGACCAAGCGGCUGAGACGGCCAAGGCUUCCAGACCUAGCCAUGGCUGGGAGGACGACGAGUAUGACGAUCUUGGCAGAGGAUCAAUACCAGAUGGCGGGGUGAAGGUUAUACGAAAGUCAUGA